AUGAUCAAGGCACAGUUCAAACCAAACUCUCAAGAUUCUUAUUGGCUUAGUUUGCGAAAGAGAGUAGAAGAUCAGCAAUCCAAAAUGCAUCGCAGUACUACAGACCGUAAUUUCGAUAUUGGUGAUUGUGUUACGAUCAGAGAUUAUCGUAGUGGUCGAGAUACUUGGAUUCCAGGCAAAAUAAACAUGAAAACUGGUCCUGUUUCGUACCGUGUAGAGAUUGCGCCGGGUGUCAGCUGGCGUCGGCAUGCAGAUCAGAUUCGAAGGUCAGAACUUGUACCUGAACCAGAUCGUGUGGUACACGACUCUAGCUACUUACCAUUGUCAGAUAGUGUAAAUAGUUUUUCAUCAGCUAGUAAGUCAUUUUCUAGUCAGUCAACAACUAGUCAGUCAACAGCUAGUCAGUCAUCAACAAGAUCUGCGAAAGUUGAGCAAACAACUGUAAACCAGCAGCAACCCCCUAAAAAUACUGUAUCUACAGAAAAACGUUACCCAACAAAAAUUCGCAAGAAAGUUGAAAAGUUAAAUUUGUGA